AUGGCGCGGCGAGAGCAUCAACGGAUAGCCAUUGUUGGCGCCGGGCUGACUGGCCUGCUGAUUGCCAAUGGCCUUGACCUGCUGGGCAUCAAGUAUGACAUUUUUGAACGAGAGGUCCCUGAAUCGAAGCGACGGCGGGAGUGGUCAAUGGGGGUCCACUGGUCGCUGGACCUCUUGAAAGAACUGAUCGGUGCGGAAAAGAGUGCUCAGCUCGUCGAGAAAGCCACGGUCGAUUGCAACCUGGACUACAGCACCGCUCCGGCAAAUGGCGCAUUGGUCUACGAUGGCGUUAGCGGAGACGUCCUCAAGAACCUCAAUGUGCAGGGAACCUCGCUUCGAGUGUCGCGCAGAAGAUUGAGAGCUCUGCUUGCGGUCGAUGUCGACGUCCAGUUUGAGCAUACACUACGCUCCGUGCACACCACAACGGAUGAAGUCAAGCUUGCUUUCUCCACCGACAACGAUAUAAGAACUUACGACAUCGUCAUUGGAUGCGAUGGCCCUCAGUCAACCGUUCGAGCCUUCUUGUACGGCCAAGAGGGCUCGGCAAAACCGCUUGAUGGCACUAGUGGCAUGCGUUGGCGCAGCCUGGUAUGCUACCACGACGCAGAGAAGGCCAAACACGUCCGAUCGGCGCAUCCUGUCGUGGCGAUAUCCAUCCAUCCAGAUCUGCUCUUCUUCCUUGGUCCCCAGGACGCGCAUGACUCGGCGAACCCCGCAGAGUGGACUUUUGUCGUAGACUUGCACUGGGCGAGCGGCUCUGAAAGCGCCAACGAUGGUGUGGAGGCGCUCAAAAUGGCCAAGAAGAAGGCAGACAAGCUAUGCGAGCCCUUCCGCUCCGCCAUUCGUUGGAUUCCAGACGACACAGUCAUGCAGGCUUCGGACCUUAACGUCUGGAUUUCACGGCCUCUCAAAGAUCGAUUGCUCAGCCCGCGGGUCUUGUUGGCUGGAGACGCUGCCCAUGCCAUGCCCCCGUUCCGUGGCCAAGGGCUCAACCACGCCAUCCAGGACUCGUACAACCUGGUGCAGACCAUAAAGCGUCUGACAGAGGAGCGUGCUACGGGUGCCGUGGCUGACGAGGCGCUGGACGCCUACGCGGAAGAGGUCAUUGAGCGCGGGGCCGCCGAGACGAAGGCGAGUAUCUUGAAUGGCAAGAUGAUGGCCGACUACUACGAUUUCAAGUCGAGUCCGUACGCAAAGAAGGGUUUUAGUAAGGGUUAG